AUGAGUCUCUCUGGUCGACACGACACUCCCGGACAGCCCAACGAUCCGAUAGAGUCAGCAACAAUACCGACCCCGCCUGAUAUUAGCGACGCGCGCCAAGCGAGUGUUUCGACUGAAAACGACGACGAUCGCGAAUAUGACGAGGUACAACUGUUGCAAGAGGGUCCAUUUCUGAUCGCGGAUUACCUCGCCCAUAACUCCAGCAAGUCCGCUGCCGUGUUCCGAAGAUAUGACAAGCUUGCCAUCCACAGGCUCAUUUCGCUAAGCAGAGAAUUAAGAGGCUUUGAAACGCAGCACGAUCAGUCAGUGGACGAUGGAAUAGAUCCAGAAGUUAUGGAUGGUGGUUACUACAGCAAUGUAUUCGGACCUAAAGUCCUGGAUAACGUUCUACAUCUCGAGCCCCCCGCAAGUCGGACAGUCGAGGCACUCGAUCGGUUCAUCUCCAGCCCAGAACUUCACAGCAAAAAGCCCUGGCUUGGUCACCAGCUGAAGUACCGGACGGAGACAACAGACGAUAGAGUACCGUUCUCUGAUCUUGUCAGUCUCUACACUCCAGCUGAGAAUGAUUACCUGUCGAGGUUUGUCGACAAGUUCUUCUACGGCUUCUUCUUGACCCCAGAAUCAAACCGCGACGCGAAGUACGUAAACGAACAAAAGAUGCAGCGUUUCGUCACCUUCGUUGGCACCGUCAUCUCAAUCGGCUUUCUAGUAGCCGCAAUGUGGGUUCUUUGGCGGCUCGAAGACCACAUGAUCCCCAAACUGGGUGCUGUGACUGGCUUCGUUGUAGCUUUUGCGGGAUGGUUGGGCUUCCUGACAACAGCGCAAAGGAAAGACGUCAUAGCUGCUACGGCUGCGUAUGCGGCCGUUCUGGUGGUGUUUGUUAGCCAGCAGAGCCCCGUCGGUGUAGUGACGCAAGGUACUGGCACUGUGGUGACGCAGAGUAGAUGA